AUGCCUUCCCAAUCAAACGAGAUGUUAUCUUAUGAAGUUUUCACUGAAAAUCCCUCACAUGUAACGAAUUGUCCAGAGGGGGAGCCUCUCUUUCAAGAAGAAACGGGCAAGUAUGAUCUCGACACAGUAUCAGUGUUCGUAGCAAAAUUAUAUCAGUUGCUUGACGGUGACGAAUAUAAAGAAUACCUUACGUGGAACGAAACGGGGGAUGUGUUUGUGAUUUGUAAUAUGGAUGAAUUUGCACAAAAUGUUUUACCGAAAUUUUUCAAACAUUGCAAAUUCACUUCAUUUGUUCGACAACUUAAUAUAUAUGGAUUUUAUCGAGUAUCAGAUGCACGCAAAUCAAAACAUGUCCGUAGCAAACACGCUUGCGUAUUUUCUCAUUCACAAUUUAGACGUGGUAGACAAGAUUUAUUACCAAAUAUACGUCGAAAAGUAUCAAAAACUAUAAGAAGGAAGCCACGUCUUUCUGACUCUUCAAUGUCACAGAAUCAAGGAGAAUCUGGUCCUACAUCUUCAUCCUCCGUUUACGGAUCCCCUGUCAAUGGUAAAUCUGGAAAUAUAAAAGAUUCUCCAUCCCAUUCAACUUUGAAUCCUUUUACAGAUUCAAAAGAUUUUGUGGAUAGAUCUGAUAACGAUCUUGCAAUGCGUAAAAGAAUUGCCGAAUUGACAAUGACUACCGAAAAUUUGCGAAAGGAUUUAAAACAUAUGAAUAGUAUCGUCAAUGAUCGUUUAAUUCCAGAAGUUCGUAAUUUGACAGAGGAUUUACAAAAACAUCAUGCUCAUGUUAUACAAUUGACGCAGUUGGUUUACCACACCUCACCAGAAAGUAUUCAAUUACUUCAGGAGGUUAGUCGUGGGUUCACUAGACCAUUAUCAUCAUCACAACCUGAUAUACCGUCGUCAAAACGUAUGCGUUAUGAUGAUAAACAGACAACGUCUGUCAAGAGUGAACAGUCUAAUUUGACACCGUCAUCUGUUCAAAAUGUGCCAACAGUACCUUCAUCGAUCCCUUCUAAUUAUGGCGUCUAUGCAACUCACCAAAACCAUCCUGGAAAUAAUUUAAUGAGUGGUAAUGACUCUUCAAUCACCGGUUCGUCAAUGCAAUCGACACCACCAGUGUCUCAAUCCUUAGCCAUGUCACCAGAUUCGCAUUCUGCAUAUAAUAUGUCAGGAUCUUCUAUCAUUGGAGAAUAUCAACACUCCCCUCACAGCGCUCACCCAGGUCUUACAGGUUUUAACGAACACUGGAAUACUCCCGUCUUGAUACAGGAAUCCGUCAAUACUGUUCCAAGUUCGAAUAUGUCUUCUUUUUUAUUUCCUACGACGACAACAUCACAUCCUCCAUUAAUGUUUAAUUCCUCUUCACCACAUCAACAACAAUCUCCUCCGCAUUCGCAACAACAUUCACCUGCAUCUUCGAUAGGUUCUUUAAGUCCUACCGAAUAUGUUAGUAAUACUAGUACUGUAAACACAAAUGAUAUAAUUUCGAAUGUUGUCGCAUCUACAAAUUCAAAUGAUAAUCAUAAUAGUGGUGAAAAUAGUCCUCAUCAUCAUGGAGAUGUUAUAGUUGCUGUCUCACCAUCGUCAACUACUUCGUCAUCCCCGAUCUCUACGUCCGCAACUAUGCCAAACUAUUACCAAUCCAAUUCGAUCAUACCAUUGGAAAUUUAUAAUCCUUCUUAUGAGAAUUAUAAUUAA